AUGGACACUCCGGGUUUGGUGAUCGCAAUGAUCAUCAUCACACAAACUGGACUCGGCCUCCUGGGGAACUUCUCUCUCCUUUCCCAUCAGCUCUUCCUCUAUAUCACUGCCUCUAGGCUAAGGAACACAAACUGGAUCAUCAAAAACCUGAUUGUGGCCAAUAUCUUGGUCCUGUCCUCCAGUGGAAUUCGCUACCUACUGAAAUACUUUGGGGUGUCUCAAGACAAUGACUUGGGGUGCAGGCUCCUACCCUACCUUCGUGGAGUGGGCAGGGGCGUGUCCAUCAGCACCACCUGCCUCCUGAGUGUGGUCCAGGCCAGCACCGUCAGCCCCCCAGGCUCCACGUGGGCAGGGCUGAGAGACAAAGCUCCCAGGUACACCUGCCCCUCUCUCGUCCUGUGCUGGGUCCCGAGCCUGCUGGCUAAUGUCCUCUACCCCAUAUUCAUGUCCAGUAUUCAUAGUCACAAAAAUGACACAAGCAGGAAAAUAUUUGGAGAGUGUUCUUCUGUGCGUCACGACACAGCCAGAGACUUCUUAUAUGGCACUCUGCUGUCCUUGCCCGACAUUGUGUUUUUUGUGACCAUGGUCUGGGCCAGCGGCUCCCUGGUCUGCAUCCUGUACCGGCACAGGCAGCGCGUCCGGCACCUGCACAGCUCCAGGGCCGCCCCGGCGUCCUCCCCCGAGUCCAGGGCCACCCGCACCAUCCUCCUCCUG